AGAAAAAAUCCGCUCUGAUUGCGCUCCGCAAUUAUCUAUUGUAGUACUUUAGCUAUUCCUUAUUUGUGACAUGUAUUUGCAAACGUGGAUGUUGUUCCUGUGGGCGUUGGAUUGCUCGGAUUUCGCUUCGGGGAUUUUAGCCGACGACGAUACCACCACCUUGGAGGACAUCUCCGACGACAGGCCGACACGACCCAACGACAAGUACUCGAACCAGCCGUUUCCCUACCUCGAAGAGGGCUCCGAUUCGAACAACAUCUACCAGGAGGACCGCGAGCGGUACGCCCAUCGCUGCUCCGAGCGCCUGGAAACCGCCCUGGAUCACGUGCGAAGGCGCCAGAUAUCCAGGAGGAAAACCCUACCGUUGGACGGGUACUCGUUGCACCAGCAGCUCAGAAACGCCCCGUUCGACAUGUACGUCACCAACAUGAAGAUCAGGUUACCUUCGACCGGGAAUUGGGUGAGGGUGGAAAGGUGCCGGUACAAUCCCAGGAACACCAGCUUGGAGACCAGGUUGCUCUUCAACGACCUCACCAUCAUGGGCAAGGUGAAUUUGUUCAACGACGCCGAGGUGCAAAGGGAGCCCAUCGAUCCACUGCCGGAGGACACUUGCAACAUGAUACUGAGACUAAGGAAAGCCGGUAUCGGUUUCCACACGGAGCCCAUUCGCCGGGAACAGGGCCAUUUCAACGUGAAGACCAACUCGCAUUUCGUGGAGCCCGGCUUCAUAUCGGUGUACGCGUACGGCUGCGAGCCCCGGUUGAAGAGGGAAUUCCGGCAGGAGGCCGAAGAGGAGGACGACGGUCUGUCCAGAGAAAUGGAGGACAUCUUCCUGAAGGGUAUCAGAUCGUUGUUGACGACUUACAUGCAGAAGGAACUGCAGCCUGCUAUCAAGGAAACGUUGAUGAGGAAUAUGGGAUAUACUGUAUCGUAUGGUUAAUUGUAUAGAAGGGUGAUAAAUGUAAUAUAUAAAGUAUAAUCUAUUUAAUUAACAAGGUUUUUUUGUUUUUUUUAUUCUACUUGUUUGUUUACU